AUGCCCCCGCAACCACGAAUCCUCCUCCUCGGCGGCCACGGCAAAGUCUCCCUACACAUGACACCCAAAAUCCUCGCCCGUUCCUGGUCUCUGAUCUCUCUAAUACGGAAUGAGGGACAUAAGGGAGAUAUUCUUGAAGCGGCGAAAAAAGCAGAGGAAUUGAAGAGUGAAGGAACGGAAGUUGGGAAGUUGGAAUUCUUGGUGAGGAGUUUGGAGGAGGUGGGGUGUGUGCGGGAUGCGAGGGAAAUUUUGGAGGAGGCGAGGCCGGAUUGGGUGGUUUGGUGUGCGGGAGCCGGCGGCAAAGGCGACAAAUCCCGCACCUAUGCCAUCGACCAAAACGCCUGCAUCCACUUCAUCCGCGCCAGUAUCUCCACCCCCAGCAUCAGCAAAUUCCUCCUCGUCUCCGCGCUCAUCUGUCGUCGUUCGCGCGCUCCCUGGUGGACCGAUGAGGAUUGGAAUUAUGUCGAGAGGGUUAAUAGGGAGGUUCUUUCGGAUUAUUAUAAUGCGAAGUUGAAGGCUGAUCAGGUGAUGAUUCAUGGUACCAAACUGAGCUCUGGAAUAUAUAGAGAUAACUAG